AUGAUCGAUAUAGCGAUCAUUGACGGUCGAGGGUUGGUGUUUGACGUUAAACAGAUAGAGGAGUUGCGCUCAAAACAUCAUAUUUGUGGUAUUCUCACUGGUGUGCUACCGCAAUUUCCUCAGCAAAAUGUUUUCAUGGGUCUUCCGCUGCAGCUGAUGCCGGAAGAUGUUUGGUAUCUAGUUGAUCAGGACUUGGCUCGAUUAGUUGACUCAAAGCGGGCCCACGAGGAAUUUUAUAAGGACAAAGAGCCUGAAGAAGAAGCUAGUAGUGGCAUGGUCCGGAUAGCCAGUGCAACUAAGCACGGAUUAAGCCCUCACAGUCACGCUCGUAUGCCCAACCCCGAGGCAUAUCUCAUGUACAAGUAUCUGAUGGCGCAGGGGCUGUAUAUUAUGCCGGGGUUACGAUUUGGAUGCCAAUAUAUGGUUUACCCGGGCGACCCACUGCGGUACCAUGCUCAUUACAAUGCCCUGGGCAAAAGCUGGAGAGAGCCGUUCCCCGUUCUGGACAUUGUGCGAAGUGGACGAUUAGCCACCUCGGUGAAAAAGAACUGGGUCAUUGGGGCAGAAUCCCCUGACGGCGAAUACAGAGUCUUUUCGAUUGAGUGGGCUGCGUUCGGUUAA